AUGAUUUUCGUUAUUUGGCUAGUGUCGUUCUUUGUUUGCAUAGCACCUUUAUUAGGUUGGAAAGAUCCCAAUUGGGAGGUUCGUCUUAGGGACAAGAAAUGUAUAGUCAGUCAAGAUAUUUAUUACCAGAUAUUUGCUACUGCUUCAUCCUUUUAUCUUCCCUUGAUGGUCAUUUUAAUAUUAUACUGGAGGAUAUUUCAAACAGCUAGAAAACGAAUCAGAAGAAGACAAGUUCUAAGUAAAAAUAAUGAAGAAGGAGCUAAGAAUCCAGCUGCCGGAGGGAUUGCUGGUGGACUUGCUGCUGCUAGUGGUACAGAUGCUUUAAAACUAGUUGAGCCUAUCGUCACCGAAGUAAAAGUAAUAGUGGCCCACUUUAAAAAAAGUUCUGCAGCUAAUGAUAAAUUAUUGCAGUAUCAAAAAAAUUUAGGAACUAGUUGCCCAAAAAAAUUGGAAUUCCACCUUUGCUAUGUUACAGCGAUUUGUGAAAUUGGAGGAGGCAAUACGAUCGACAAUUGCUCUCUUAAACAUUGCGUUACCUAUAGUAACGUUAAAAGAAUAGGACUUGAUAAAAAAUUGGUAGACACUUUACGCACUUUUGAAACCGUAACUCCAUCAGUUAGUGGGGAAAAAUACAUAACGGCGUCAUUAGUAAUUAUAUUUACUGGAGGUCUAAUAAGCGUAAUGGAGGAAAUGAUUACUUCUGGCGAACUGAAAUCAGAUUUAUCAAACCAAAUUAUUGGUAAACUAAAACAUGGACCCCAAACACGAUUCUACCAUUAA